AUGGACUGGUUUCAGUUGAGAAUGGCAAAAUCUGAUGAGGACAUGAUCCAGCUAUUAGAUGAUGCAGACAAUCAGUCUUCACAAAGUUGUCAGACAGAACUACAGUCGUUGUCGAGUCCAAAGACAGAAUUCCAAGAGAAGAGGACACAUACUUGGUCAACGAAACCACAACCAAUACAAACAGAAGAAGACAACUUAUUACAAGCAGCUUGUACUAUUUUCUAUACUAUACCUAAGGCUCUCGAACACUACACAGACAGAGAAUACGAAGGUGGUUUUCUCCAAGCUAUCCGUGAUUAUAAAGAUCAACUGAGGGUUAAAAUCAGACCAGAGGAAUGGGAUUUACUCAGCCAGCAAAUUGUUCACCAAAGACUAUUCCAUUUCUAUGAUCAGAUAAUACACGACACCAUCUUAGAUAAUGAAGUCCUUGAUAUACUGAUUUCCAGAUGUAUCUUAAGAAAAGAAGACAGAGAAGAAAUAGAACACCAUCCAAGACAGUCUGAUCGCAAUAAAUGCAUAUUAGACUUUCUAAUUCAAAGACCAGAAGAUUCCUACAGUGUGUUGUUAGAAGUUCUUAAGGAGUCUUCGUCAUGUUCUAAAGACUUGAUAGAUUGUAUGGAAGGUCAACUUAUUUCCAAUCAUAAAGUUGUUUCUAAGUCGAAAGUUAAAUCCAGUAUUAUAGGGUUCCAUUCAGUCAGGUUACAAAAGAACUAUCACAAUCUGACUCAGAACUUGUCAAAUACAGAAUGUAUCAUAGAUCUAUUAAUAUCAAUGGGAGUAUUAGAUCCUGAUGACUGGUCAGCAAUAGUCUCUAGUGAAGUACAGGCAAAAAUAAAUAGAAAACUAUUAGACUUCAUAAGAAGUAAACAAGAUUAUCAGUGUUUUCUGACAGCAUUGAAAGAGGAUCAUACGAAUGCAAAGCUGGCAUCUGACUUAGAAUCAACCGACGUGACACCAGAUGAGUUAAAGUUAAUUCAAACAGGAGCCAUAAUACCAUCACUAACAAACACACCAGGGUUCCAGACAAUGGUUACGUUAGUUUCUAUGGUAAAAACUGUUCAGGUUUCAAAUACUAAACCAGAAAGCCAUGAUACCAGUUUAUCAGCAGACUUAUAUAGACUACAGUCUUGGUACAACAAGAUGCUUGAAAUGACCCUGAUGGAUUCGCAUCAAUAUCAACAAUUUGUUCAAACAGUUAGAAAAAUAUUGGCAAGACUAUCUGAAGAUGAUCAUCCUGUAGAUAUGAUAUGGAAUUCUGGGAUGAAGAAACAAGUUAGAAAGGUGUUAAAUGUAUUAAAAGAAAAAAAAGAACAGUUUGAUGUUAAAGAGAAAAUAUUGAAAAUGGAAACUGAGCAGGACGAAGUUAUACCCAAAAAUAUCAGAGACCAGAUAGAAAAAGAAAUAAAAGAAUGGGAAAACAAUGACAAGAUGUUUGUGACUACAAGAGCAAGUGAGUAUGUCCUUGCCUGUGUACAUGACAAUAGUUGUUUGACUUUAACUGGUCCAUCAGGAGUUGGAAAAUCUUUUAUUGCACGACACACAGCACUAGUUUUACAAAAAGAAGGGUACAAAAUAUUACCAGUGAGAAAACCAGAUGAUAUCAGAGAUUAUUAUCAACCUGGUAAACAGACAGUCUUCAUAGUAGAUGACAUUUGUGGAAAUUUUACUGCCAACCAACAACAUAUUGAAAUCUGGCAGCAACUGUUACCUGUUAUUGAAACAAUUAUUGCAGACAAAUGUUGUAAGAUUAUUGUAUCCUGUAGGUUACAAGUAUAUAAAGAUGAUAAGUUUAAUAUAUUAGUACCUUUUAAAUCAUCUGAAUGUAAUUUAAUGUCAGAUGAAUUAUGCCUUACAUCUGAAGAAAAAUGUAUAAUGGCAAGCACUUAUAUUGAUUCAAACUUGAACGAUCUUGAAAGGUUAUCACAAAAUAGUGAAUUUUUUCCACUUUUAUGCUCUUUAUAUGACGUGGAAAAACAUGGAGGUGUAAAGGAUUUUUUUAAAAAUCCAUUUAUGGUCUAUCAAAAUGAACUAAAUGGUUUAAAAAGGUGUGGUGUUGAAGGGAAGCAUAAAAUAUGCAGUCUAGCUUUAAUAGUUCUCUUAAAUAAUCAACUGAAAGACGAAUGGAUAAAGGGCAUAGUGACAGAAAAACAACGACAAAUACUGGAAGAUACGUGUGAUGCUUGUGGAUUAAAUAGGAGUACUUCCAAGGUAGAACUUAAAGAGGCCCUUCUCACUCUAGCUGGUACGUUUGUAUAUAACCAAAAUGGUAUACAUAAAACUGUACAUGAUAAAUUGUUUGACUUCCUUGCUCAUUACUUUGGUCAGAAAAUGAUUCAAUGUUUAAUAUACCAUGGCGAUAGUGAUUUAAUACAUGAACGCUUCGUGUGGAGGAAAUCACCAGAGGACAAGAACAGUAACAUAGACUUCGUUAUUCAAAUACCAGAAGAAUAUUUCGAAUUAUAUUUAGAAAGGUUUAUAAAGGACUGGUCAACAGGAAACGUGAGAGUUACAUUGAUGAACAACAAUUUGACGGUUUCAGAAUUUCGACAACAGCUUUUAAAGCAUUUACAAAAUCUGGACAAAUCACUUCAAGUCACAUUAGCCAAUAAAUGUGACACAGUUUUACCAAAAGACCACCAUGGAUCAGGUACUACUCCGCUGAUACAAACUUGUUUUUAUGGUUAUACUGAUAUGUUACAAUGGAUGUUACACAAUGAUGUGAAUGUGGAUCAAUGUCGAAACAAUGGAGUUACUGGACUGUACAUGGCAAGUCAACAAGGUCAUACUGAUGUAGUAAUGAUGUUGUUAGAGAGGAACCCUAAUGUUGAUCUAUAUCAAAAGGAUGGAUGUAGUUCCAUAUACAUUGCAAGUCAGAACGGACACACGGAUAUAGUAAAGUUGCUGUUACAGAGGAAUCCUAACAUUGAUCUGUGUCGCAAUGAUGACUGUAGUCCUCUGUACAUAGCAAGUCAGAACGGACACACGGAUAUAGUACAAUUAUUGUUAGAGAGAAAUUCUAACAUCAAUCUAUGUCGCAAUGAUGGCUGUAGUCCGCUGUACAUGGCAAGUCAAAACGGACAUACUGAUAUAGUAAGGUUGUUGUUAGAGUGGAAUCCUGACAUUGAUCUGUCUGACAAAGAUGGCUGUAGUCCCCUGAACAUGGCUAGUGAACAAGGACAUCUCGAAAUAGUAAAGUUGUUGUUAGAGAGAAAUGUUAAAAUUGAUCUAUGUAACAAUGAAGGCUGUAGUCCACUGUAUAUGGCAAGUCAAAACGGACACACGAAUAUAGUCAAAUUAUUGUUAGAGAGGAAUCCUAACAUAGAUCUAUGUCGAAAUGAUGGCUGUAGUCCGCUGUGCAUGGCAAGCCAAAACGGACAAUCUGAUAUAGUAAGGUUGUUGUUAGAGAGGAAUCCUGACAUUGAUCUGUGUGACAAAGAUGGUUGUAGUCCUUUGAACAUGGCAAGUGAACAAGGACAUCUCGAAAUAGUUAAAUUAUUGUUAGAGAGAAGUAUUAAAAUUGAUCUUUGUAACAAUGAAGGCUGUAGUCCUCUGUACAUGGCGAGUCAAAACGGACACAACAAAAUAGUGAAGUUGUUGUUAGAGAGAAAUCCUAACAUUGAUCUCUGUGACAAUGAUGGCUCGAGUCCACUGUACAUAGCAAGUCAGGAAGGACAUACUGAUAUUGUUAUGUUGUUGUUAGAGAGAAAUCCUAAUGUUGAUCUAUGUAACAAUAAUGGCUGUAGUCCUCUAAACAUGGCAAGUGAACAAGGACAUACUGAAAUAGUGAAUUUGUUGUUAGAGAGAAAUCCUAACAUUGAUCUUUGUGCCAGUAAUAGCUGGAGUCCGCUGAGCAUAGCAAGUCAUAAUGGACAAACUGAAAUAGUAAAGGUGUUGUUAGAGAAAAAUCCAAAUAUUGAUCUAUGUGACGAUGAUGGCUGUAGUCCACUAACACAGGCAAGUCAGGAAGGACAUACUGAAAUAGUAAAGUUGUUGUUAGAGAAGAAUACUAAAACUGAUCUACGUAACACUGAGUGUUUUAGUCCGCUGUUCAUGGCAAGCCAAAACGGACAUACUGAGAUAGUAAAGUUGUUGUUAGAGAAGAAUCCUUUUGUUGAUCUAUGUGACAAUGAUGGUUGUAGUUCACUGUUCAUUGCAAGUCAGAACGGAAACACUGAUGUAGUAAAGUUGUUGUUAGAGAAGAAUCCUAUUGUUGAUCUAUGUGACGAUGAUGGCUGUAGUCCACUGAGACAGGCAAGCCAGGAAGGACAUACUGAAAUAGUAAGGUUGUUGUUGACGGGGAAUCCGAAUAUUGAUAUACUUGACAAAGAUGGUUGUAGUCCACUUUAUAUCGCAAGUCAAAAUGGACAUACUGAUAUUGUCAAGUUAUUGUUGGGGAGAAGUCCAAACAUUGAUAUAUGUCAAUAUAAGGGUUGUAGUCCUCUAAACAUUGCAAGUAAGAAUGGACAUACUGAAAUAGUAAAGUUGUUGUUAGAGAGGAAUCCUAAUGUUGAUCUCUGUGACAACAAUGACUGUAGUUCUCUGAGACAUGCGUGUCAGAAAGGACAUACUGAAAUAGUAAAGUUGUUGUUAGAGAGAAAUUCUGAUAUUGAUCUAUAUGACAAAGAUGGAUGUAGUUCUCUGUAUAUUGCCAGUCUAUACGGACAUACUGAUAUAGUGAAGUUGUUGUUAGAGAGGAAUCCUAAUAUCGAUCUAAGUAACAAUUAUGGCUGCAGUCCCCUGUAUAUAGCAAGUCAAGACGGUCAUACUGAAAUAGUAAAAUUAUUGUUAGAGAGAAAUCCAAAUAUUGAUCUCUGUGACAAUGAUGGCUGGAGUCCACUGAGACAGGCAAGUCAGGAAGGUCAUACUGAAAUAGUAAAAUUACUGUUAGAGAAAAAUCCAAAAAUUUAUCUAUGUGACAAUAAUGGCUGUAGUCCACUGGAUAUAGCAAGUCAGAACGAACAUACUGAUACAGUUAAGUUACUGUCGGAAAAGAAUUCCAAGUGUUGUUUUAUGUGA